AUACGUCAUACGUCAUUCUAAGUAGAAUUUUUGGCUGAUGCAAUAUCAGAAAAUUGCACUUUCUAAUUAUUUUCGCAAAAACCUCUUGAGAAAUUCACCUAUUUCCUAAUCUUAACUGCUUAUCGUUUGAAAAAAAUCCAAAUGGCAGAAGAUGAGGCGAUAUUUGAUCCGACUUUGAAAAAAAAAAAGAAGAAGAAGAAGACCACCUUUGAUAUCGAGGCAGCUUUGGCAGAAGGCAAUGAUACUCAAGAAGUUGGAAACGGAGACCUGGAGGCGAAGGAAGAUGAACCUAAACAACAAAAAGAUGAAGAUGCUGAAGAUAUGGAUUUGGAUCUAGAUUUUACGAAAAAAAAGAAAAAGAAGAAGAAACCUUUCAGUACAGAAGAACUAGAUGCUGCGCUAAACGAUGUCAACAAUGACACUUCUAAUGAGACUGCCAACAAUGAAGAUGGAGUUGAUGAUAACUUUGAUAUGGAUAUGAUAGAUUUUAGUAAAAUGAAGAAGAAGAAGAAAAAGAAGGAUUUGGAAGAUAUUAUGGCCGAGACAGAUGAAAAAGAUGAUAAAGAAAAUAUUGAGGAUAAUUCAAAUCAAUGGAGUGGCUCGGACCGAGACUAUACUUAUGAUGAAUUACUUAAUCGUGCCUUUGAAAUAAUGAGAGACAAAAAUCCCGAUAUGGCAGCGGGUAAAAAACAGAAAUUCGUCAUGAGGCCACCUCAGGUUGUGCGUAUAGGCACCAAGAAAACUUCAUUUGCCAAUUUCACAGAAAUUUGUAAAAUGCUUCAUCGUCAACCCAAACAUCUGUUAGACUUCUUACUGGCUGAAUUAGGUACCAGCGGGUCUGUGGACGGAAAUAGUCAGUUGAUUAUUAAGGGAAGAUUCCAACAGAAACAAAUUGAAAAUGUCCUUAGAAGGUAUAUCAAGGAAUACGUCACAUGCCACACUUGCAGAUCCCCCGAUACAAUCCUACAAAAAGAUACAAGGUUAUUCUUCUUACAGUGUGAAACUUGUGGCUCCAGGUGCUCAGUAGCUAGUAUCAAAUCAGGUUUCCAGGCUGUCACGGCAAAACGUGCUGCGAUUCGUGCGAAGACAGCUUAGGUCUUUUUUCAAUGCAAUAUUCAAUUUAUUUAUACACAAAAUGAUCACUGAUUUUUAUGUAAGAUAUGAGUGUGGGUAUGUUAUAUUUGUACCAUAUAUUAGUGAAUUGUUGAAUACAUAAAACAACCACCA